AAAAAAAAAAAAAAAAGCAAAAGGGUGGGACUGACGGCAGCUAACUGUUAAAAAGGAGUCGUUUCCUGGUAGACUGUUCUCUUCUGUCUCCGUAUAGACUCGGAUUAGCUUUCUUCCAAUUCAAUUUAAGAAAUCAUCAGUUAUUCCAAAAUGGCAGCGAUUGGAAAGCGCGGAACGGUGACUGAGGCGUCAGGGUUCGACCCAGAGGCAGACGUCCAGAAGCUUCGCGGAGCCAUGAAGGGAGCUGGCACCGAUGAGGCCGCCGUCAUCGAGGUCGUUGCGCAUCGUACUAUUGCGCAGAGGCAGCGCAUUAAGGAGGCCUACAAGCAGGCGGUGGGGAAGGACCUGGCAGAUGACCUGUCCUCGGAGCUGAGUGCCAACUUCAGGAGUGUAGUUUUGGGUCUUUUGAUGCCAGCGCCGGCGUACGAUGCCUAUGAAUUGAGAAACUCAAUGAAGGGGGCUGGGACAGAGGAGGCGUGCCUCAUCGACAUUCUCGCCUCCAGGUCAAAUGCUGAAAUCAAUGCCAUCAAUGCGUUCUACAAGAAGCAAUACGGCAAGAGCUUGGAAGAUGACGUAUGUGGAGACACAUCAGGAAUGUUCCAGAGAGUUCUGGUCUCUUUGCUAACGGCCGGACGUGACGAAAGUGACGCGGUGAACGAGGCUCAGGCUGUGCAGGACGCCAAGGAAAUCUACGAGGCUGGCGAGGCUCGAUGGGGCACGGAUGAGGUCAAAUUUCUGACCGUGCUCUGCGUCAGGAACCAGAAGCAUCUGUUGCGAGUGUUUGAAGAGUACCAGAAGAUUAGCGGACGAGACAUCGAGGAGAGCAUUAAGAGGGAGAUGUCGGGCUGUCUGGAGGAUGUCUUUUUGGCUAUCGUGAAAUGCCUGAGGAACAAACACGCCUUCUUUGCGGAACGUCUAUACAAAUCAAUGAAGGGGCUGGGGACCACAGAUAGUGUCCUUAUCAGAAUAAUGGUGGCCAGGGCUGAGAUUGACAUGUUGGACAUUAAAGCACAGUUUCUGAAGAUGUACGGCAAGACUCUGCACUCCUUCAUUAAGGGAGAUACGUCCGGCGACUACCGCAAAAUCCUGCUGGAGCUGUGCGGAGGAGAGUAAAAACGAUGAAAGACAAAUCAUCAAUGCGUCAAUCGUGUUAUUCUUCCCUGAAGCACAUCAUCGUUGAUGUGGAUGACAUCUUCUACGGCCUUUUUACAUUUCGCCAUUUGACCACGGUGCCUUGUUUUUACUGUCUCAUAUCCCGAUUAAAACCAAAGACCAGCCAUCUUUUACA